GAGGAGAGCUGUGACUCCCGGGUCCGGGAGUCGUGGUGAGAAGGACUUGCGAAGGUUGGCCUAAGCCCCUUUUUGUCGCGCUUCUAUGCACCGAGCAUCCUUCAUCUGCCCGCCCUGGAACUCGCAGGCUGGUUUUGUUUGGCCCCAGCUGUCUCCCAUUUCGCUCGCAGGCGCCUUCGUUGCCUUAGUUUCUGAAGCCACCGACAGUUGGAAUUGCGGGCCCGGCAGGACCCCGGCAGCAGACGGGCGCCCAAGUGUUUGGCGACAUCCGUCUGGCGGGGUUGGCGCCCGCACGUCGUGUUUUUCGCUAGCAAAGUUUCUCCUUGGAAAAGAAGCCCCUCCAGCUUUCUCUUCAUCCUGUAGCAGGCGCGCGCUCUGCUUCUCUCCCCGAGACUGCGCUUCCGGGACGGGGUUGUGGCUUUGCUCCAGCCCCUGGCCUGGCUGCCUUGGGGGCGGAGCUUGGAGAAUCCGAGGAGCCAGCGUGAGAACCUUCGACUCUGCGCGGGUCCGGAGAGAGCGCCGGCGCCGGCGAGCGGGCGAGCUAAUAGCCACAGCCUAGCGAUAGCUAGGGUACCUGGGCACUGAACUGAAUCCCUGAAGGGAUGCUUAGGCUGCUCCCCCUCUUCUGCCCUGGCUCAGUUCUCAGCUGACUGGAGAGGGCACACUGGUCAGGACUCCCCGAGAAGAGCUGCUGAGUGUCGGUGUCCCCUGACACAGUGGCUUUCCCUCUGGAUUCAGAUCCCUGGGGGUCUGCGAAAGCUGAAGCCGAAGCCGGAGUCGCCACAGAAACAGCUGUUCCCAUGGCUCUUUACAGUCCUGGAACUGGACUCCAGACUGGGCGCUAAAAUGCUUGCUUUUGCCUUGUCCAAGUUCUACAGCACGCAUCUUGACAAUUGGAAUCCAGGCCCAGUGGAGUCAAGUUCAAAGUGGCACUCAGGGCUCUCCAUCCCAGACUCCAGCAAGUCUAAUCUGAGACCAGAAGACAGUGGUCUCCUGCUCUAACUAGUAGAUCAACGUUGUGGAGUUGGACUUGACAGCUGUCCUCACCACUACUUGGACUGCAGUGGCUCCUGGAUUCUCUUGAGGGGAAUUGUGGCAGAGGUGCUCUGAAGACCAAACCACAACACUCAGAACCUCGACAAUGGACCAAGUUUUUGAAAUUCCUGAGGAGCCAAACGUGGAGCCAGUGUCCUCUCUGGAGGAAGAUGUCAUCCGUGGAACCAACCCCCGAUUUACCUUUCCAUUUGGCAUCCUCUUCUCCACUUUUUUGUACUGUGGGGAGGCAGCAUCUGCCUUGUACAUGGUUAGAAUCUAUCGGAAGAAUAGUGAAACCUACUGGAUGACAUACACCUUUUCCUUCUUUAUGUUUUCAUCCAUUAUGGUCCAGUUGACCCUCAUUUUUGUCCACAGAGAUCUGGCCAAAGACAAGCCACUCUCAUUGUUUAUGCAUCUAAUCCUCUUGGGACCUGUUAUUAGAUGUUUGGAGGCCAUGAUUAAGUACCUCACACUGUGGAAGAAAGAGGGGCAGGAGGAGCCCUAUGUCAGCCUCACCAGAAAGAAGAUGCUAAUAGAUGGCGAGGAGGUGCUGAUAGAAUGGGAAGUGGGCCACUCCAUCCGGACCCUGGCCAUGCACCGCAAUGCCUACAAACGUAUGUCACAGAUCCAAGCCUUCCUGGGCUCAGUGCCCCAGCUGACCUAUCAGCUCUAUGUGACCCUGAUCUCUGCAGAAGUCCCCCUGGGUAGAGCUGUGCUAAUGGUCUUUUCCCUGAUAUCUGUCACCUAUGGGGCUACCCUCUGCAAUAUGUUGGCUAUCCAGAUCAAGUACGAUGAAUACAAGAUUCGCCUGGGGCCACUAGAAGUCCUCUGCAUCACCAUUUGGCGGACAUUGGAGAUCACCUCCCGCCUUGUGAUUCUGGUGCUCUUCUCAGCCACCUUGAAAUUGAAGGCUGUGCCCUUCUUAUUGCUCAAUUUCCUGAUCAUCCUCUUUGAGCCCUGGGUUAAGUUCUGGAGGAGUGGGGCCCAGAUGCCCAAUAACAUUGAGAAAAACUUCAGCCGGGUCGGCACCCUGAUGGUGUUGAUUUCUGUUACUGUCCUCUACGCUGGCAUCAAUUUCUCUUGCUGGUCGGCUUUGCAGUUGAAGUUGGCAGACAGGGAGCUUGUUGAGAAAGGUCAGAACUGGGGACAUAUGGGCCUUCACUAUAGUGUGAGAUUGAUAGAGAAUGUGAUCAUGGUCUUAGUUUUUAAGUUCUUUGGCGUGAAAGUGUUACUGAAUUACUGUCAUUCCUUGAUUGCCUUGCAGCUCAUUAUUGCUUAUCUGAUUUCCAUUGGCUUUAUGCUCCUUUUCUUCCAGUACUUGCACCCAUUGCGCUCACUCUUCACCCACAAUGUAGUGGAUUACCUCCACUGUGUCUGCUGCCACCGACAUCCUCGGGGCAGGGUUGAGAACUCAGAGCCAUCUGUUGAUGCUGAAGAAAGGCAAAGCAUUGUCUGAUUCUGUCUUCUGGGUAUGUGGGAAUGGGUUGGGGAAACUGCCAAGAGCAACUGGGAAAUUGAAGGAGACUACUAGGCUCAUGGGUGAGGACCCACCAGGACAUUGUUUUGAGUUUUCUGGUAAUCCUAUCAGAAGAAAGAGCAGCCCCUAAAUAGAUUUGAUUUCCUUAAGAUUGACUGCUAUGUUUGGAUACCAAGGUAGCCACUGUAUACCUGAGAGGGUCAGAGAUAUCAUUCACAUCCCUCCCACCCAAGUCAGCUGUCUGACUGCCCUCUGGGAUGACUUACCUCCACACACCUAAGGUUCUCUGACCUUUAAGCUCUGCUCAUUUGCUUGAGCAUUACUGACCUUUCCAUAGGCUGAGCUGAAAGGCCCCAAAUCCCACCAGAAUAUACCUUGACUGAUCAGAGGGUGUGACUGCUUACUGGUUAUGGGUACCUCCCAGGAAACGGUCUGACUAAUGUGGAACCUGUAACUGUGAACGUGGCUGGGGUCUUUUAAUGCCAAUGAGAAACUCUGAUUAAGAGGAAAACCCCUACUAUUAAAAGAGCUGCUCCCCAAAUGAAUUAGUUCUCCAUUAGGAUUUUACUUGUGAUCAUUCAUCAAGGAUCUUACUUGUUAGUGGCCCUUCAAAGGCAUGCUCUGAGGAGGGAGUGCAGAGUAGGAUUCCUUAAAAGUAUAAACCAGAAUGACUCUUUAUCUCAGGGACCUGCAUGGGCCUCCAGCGUGUUGAGUGGAUUGGUUGAGUCAAAGCUUCAUGCCUCAUUAUCAGGGAUUUCCUCCAACCUGGCUUUUUCUGUGCUCUUUUACCAAAAUUGAUGUGGAUCUCAGAGAAGCUCAACUGUAAUUGAAAAUGUUUCUAAAUUGUGAAAGAAAUGAAGAUUGCUUUGUGUC